GGGCAAAAGUGUAUUACAACAAUCUAUAUAUGACUUCUCUCCAAAGUCUGCGCAACAAGUCGCAUUUGAAAUUUGAAUCACUCAUUAUUACAAUUAUUAUUCACCAAAACUUAAGUUCUAGCAGAUAAAUCUUGAAGAAAUUUAACAACAGUUGCAAAGGGAUUGAUGGAGAAUUCUCGGAACUCGCUGAUACCGAGCUUUCUCUACUCGUCUUCUUCGCUGAAAAGCGGAUUUAAUUUUGAUCAGGGGAUGGCUGAUCAAGUGAAGUUGACUGAUGGUUCGUCGUUUUCAGUUGCAGCAUCUUCGGCUGUUGCGAAAAGAGGUUUUGUGGUGCAGGCUCCAAGUGAGCCCGGUGGUAUUAAGAUGUUCUCGCCGGCUUAUUAUGCGGCUUGUACAGCAGGUGGUACUUUGGCGUGUGGGAUCACUCACACGGCGAUCACUCCGUUGGAUGUUGUGAAAUGUAAUAUGCAGAUUGACCCUGCAAAGUACAAGAACAUUUCAUCUGGAUUUGGGGUAUUGCUCAAGGAGCAAGGACUCAAAGGUUUUUACAAGGGCUGGGCACCAACACUAUUGGGUUAUAGUGCACAGGGUGCUUCCAAAUACGGGUUUUAUGAGUAUUUCAAGAAAACAUACUCUGACAUCGCUGGCCCCGAGUAUGCUACCAAGUACAAGACUUUGAUCUACCUUGCUGGUUCUGCAUCGGCAGAAAUUAUCGCGGACGUUGCUCUUUGCCCGUUUGAGGCGGUUAAGAUUCGUGUCCAAACGCAACCUGGAUUUGCUAGAGGUUUGUCGGAUGGUCUUCCAAAGAUUAUCAAGAAUGAAGGUGUUGCAGGGCUCUACAAGGGGCUGGUUCCACUGUGGGGAAGACAAAUUCCAUAUACAAUGAUGAAGUUUGCAUCUUUUGAGACAAUAGUGGAGAUGAUGUACAAACAUGCGAUCCCUACACCGAAAGAGCAAUGCAGUCCAAGUUUUCAGCUUGGAGUGAGCUUUGCUGGUGGUUAUUUGGCUGGUAUAUUAUGCGCUGUUGUUUCUCACCCGGCGGAUAACUUGGUCUCUUUCCUCAACAAUGCUGAAGGUGCUACAGUUGGAGAUGCUGUCAAGAAACUCGGUUUAUGGGGUCUCUUCACGCGUGGGCUGCCUCUUCGUAUAAUCAUGAUUGGAAGUCUUACUGGAGUACAAUGGGGUAUCUAUGAUUCGUUUAAAGUCUACGUCGGGCUGCCGACUACUGGUGGUGCUGCUCCUGUUGCUGCAAAGUAAACCAUCAUGAGUGAUUAUGCAAACAUGUUACCAAAUGUAUCUGAUUCUUAGGAGAGCAAAUCUCCAACUUUUUUGUUGUCUUAGUGAUUUUAGCUCAUGCCAUUAUUAGACACUGAUAUUUGUUGCAAAUAAGCACCUUGUGUGUGUUUUCAAAUUCCAGUCCUUUUCUGUAUCUUUUAUUACUAUUUGUAUUUGUAUUUCAUUUUUAAAUUCUUUUUGAUAAA